AAAUUUGAUUGCACAGUCACAGUCAGGUACUGGAAAAACAGCAGCAUUUGUUUUGGCUAUGUUAAGUAGAGUUGAUCCAGAAUUGCAAUAUCCACAAGUAGUUUGUUUGUCCCCUACGUAUGAAUUAGCUAUUCAAACAGGGGAAGUUGCAGCUAAAAUGUCUUCCUACUGUCCAAACAUUAGGCUAAGGUAUGCUGUACGYGGUGAAGAUGUUGAAAGAGGUUCCAAAAUAGAGGAACAAAUAAUUGUAGGUACACCUGGAAAAGUUUUGGAUUGGGCAACUAAGUACAAAUUUUUUGACCCAAAAAAUAUUAAAGUAUUYGUGUUAGAUGAAGCUGAUAUUAUGGUUGAUACCCAAGGACAUCAAGAUCAAAGUUUCCGCAUCAGAAAGUUACUACCAGAAACAUGUCAAAUGAUGUUUUUUUCGGCCACAUAUACAGAAGAUGUUAUGAGGUUCGCCAAUGCUAUUGCACCCAUGUCUGUCAUCAUAAGAUUAAAACGUGAAGAAGAAACAUUAGAUAAUAUCAGACAAUAUUAUGUUAACUGCAACAAUAAGGAAGAUAAAUACAAUGCAUUAGUUAAUAUUUAUGGAGGAGUGACUAUUGGACAAGCUAUGAUCUUUUGUCAGGUAAGUAAAGCAAAAAUAUUAAUAUAAAUUUAUAAUCAGUGG